CCGCCCGAUUACACGCACGGUUCAGGGAUCGUUGUUUGGCAUCCAGGGCCACAGUCUUCACUCUAUUAGCUGUGUGUAGAUGCUGUCAUGACAGCUCUCACAUGGAGGGAAGAUACAUCUUUAAAGCAAAUGUUUAAAAAGCUGUAGCUGUUUUUACUGCGUGGGGUCUAAGUGAGCGGGGGGACGUUUGAGGACACCGUCCGAUUGAGGGGAGCGGAGCCGCGCAUUACACCAAAAUGGCAACUCCGUAUGUGACAGACGAAUCUGGGAAAUAUAUUGCUGCCACUCAGCGACCUGAUGGAACAUGGAGGAAGCCGAGGCGGGUGAAGGAUGGUUAUGUUCCACAGGAGGAAGUCCCAGUCUAUGAAAACAAGUACGUGAAGUUUUUCAAGAGCAAACCAGACCUGCCACCCGGCCUGAACCCGGCUGAGGCAGCUCCACCAAAGCAGCAGCAGCAGCAGCAGCAAAAGAUCCCCGGUUGUGCAGACAGUGAGGGAGCCGGUCUCUCAAAGUCAGCCAAACGCAACAUGAAGCGGAAAGAAAAACGAAAACAGCAGCAGCACCAGGGCCAGGAUGGAGAUGCGGAUGUAGAAUUGGUGAGCGAUGCUCUAGAGAACGUCUCCAUUUCGGAGGGCGGCGAGUCCUCGAACAAGACGGCAGCGCCGCCCUCUGUCUCGUCUCCCGAUGAUUCCUCAGCAGCAGCUGAAAAGGCCAAGAAAAUCAAAAACCUGAAAAAGAAGCUGCGUCAAGUUGAGGAACUGCAGCAGAAAGUGGACUCAGGGGAAAUAAAACAGCCGACAAAGGAUCAGCUGGAUAAGCUGGGUCGGGCAAAGGCCUUACAAGACGAGUUACAGCAGCUCGAGCGUGAUUCUUGAAGCAAUAAAGGACAGCAGCAGAGUCAGACAGACUGAACAUACAAACUACACACCGAAACACAGGGAAGGGACAUUUGCAGCUUUGUGGUCAUAGCUUCCAUUAAACAUAUUCUACCUGUUUGAAAUUCAUUAUGAACUUUGGAAGUGAACAUCCUCCCAGCGCCUUUCAAGCAGAGAACAACAGGAUGUCUGCGUAGCAGGCACCACAUCUUCAGAACUGACAAGCCUGUUCUUUAGAUUCAAAUCUCUAAAUAACAUUACGACUCCUGCUCACAUACUUGUAUUGGCCAGGUCAUUCAUUUAUAAAUAUCCUUUAAGGACUUCAUUGUGAAUUGUUUUGUGCAUGUCUGUCAUCUCCAUUUUUGUACCUUUCAUAGCAUCAGGUUUCACUUGAAAAAAAUGUUUUCUGUUGAAGAGAAUGUAGUUUGUUGACCUUUCUGCUUUAACAGUUUUGUCAAUCAUUGGAUGGCCUCUUGUGGUCACACUAAUGUUGAGUCUAUACAGUCAUUACAUUAAAGCUACAUGCUGCAUAAAUGUUUAUCUCAUAUUGCUUUUUAGUAGCAGCGUUUGGAAGGCAGGACGUAAAUUUGUAGAAAAACAACUAUAUUUUGGUGUCAUUGGAUAUUUUGGAAACAAGUUAUGCACUUAAAGGAUGAGGCUGGUGAUGUUGUAUGUUUUACUUUUUGUCAGUAAAUCCCACAAAAAGACAAAAAAACCAACAAUGAAUGGAUGAAAUAUUGUCUGUGCAGCCAAAGCCUGAUAUAGCUUGUUCCUCUGUGCCAUGGAGCUCCAUUGUUUUCCAAAAAUUAUUAAAAACAAAUCAAUGACCCGCACUGUU